AUGCGCCCUGGUGCAAUGCGUAGUGCGAUGAGCGGCCCUCACCUCCCCAGUGGACGGGCACGAGCCACGAUGUUCCCAGCCCUUCUCGCCCUUGUGCUGCCGUCACUCGCUCUCGCCAGCAGCACGGGGGAAGCUCACUUCGCCGCCCAGCUCCUGAACGCGCAUGGAAUGAGAGGCACAAUAAGCAUAUCCGUUUCAAGGUCCAUAUCGCGAGGCACUGCCCCGGCCUACACCAUCCGGUUCGGCGCCGCCAUUGCUGACGCCCUCUCCCCCCCAAGCAACCUACUCCUCUCGCUGCCACGUGGCGCGAUGCCAUUGGUCCUAUGCUGGGGAUCGGCCGAUUGCCAGUGGGUGGCAACGACGCCGUCCGUGUGGGAGGCGGCGGGGGAGAGGAGGAUGAGAGGGGUGGAUGUGCGGCAGGGGAGGGCGCUGGAAGAAAUGCUAACUGUGGCAGGGGAGGGGAAUGGGGAGGAUGUAGCUGUGAGAGUGGGGAAUGGGGAGGGUAUUGCGGUCGGGGAGAGGAGGGUGAGGGGCGUGGAUGUGCGGCAGGGGAAGGGGCUGGAAGAAAUGUUAACUGUGGCAGGGGAGGGGAAUGGGGAGGAUGUAGCUGUGAGAGUGGGGAAUGGGGAGGGUAUUGCUGUCGGGGAGGGGAGUGAUGCGGUGACAGGGUAUGGUGUGCGCGCUGCGGUGGUGGUUGGAGGGGAGGUGGGGCAUGGUGGUGAUCUGGUGGGAGUGCUACGGAGGAGCCGCGAGUACAAUCAUGACAUCAUCGUUCCACGGUACCCCUCACAGGACCCUCGAUUGGAAGUGCGGCUGAAGGGGGAGGUUGGGGAACUGGGGGAGGGGCUAUCAGGGGGCAUGCAUGGAGGGGCGUUUAUGCUGGGAGCUUUCAAGUAA